GGACACACUGGUCAGAAUUGUGAAUCGUGCAGGGAAGGUUCUACAGGAAACGGGGGCGGUUAGGAAGAAAUGUUUGUGUUACAUAAUAAGUUAGGACAACGAUGGUGUGAAAAUAAGAUGGAAAAAGGGAUUGACAAUAGCAGGAACCAUCGUUUUCACGUUGGAAAUCUUGGUAACACGAUCAAGCUCCUCGAACUGUUGUGCCCCAUUUUCGCUGUUUCCUGAAAGAGUUGCUUGGACUGUCAAAUGAAAAGUCGGACGCUGCCGUAAGCGCCAACGUGUUGCAUCCUUUGUCAAGGUGCCCGUUUAGUGUAUACUUGAUGGCGUUUCAAAGCAAACUUUUCACGGGAUGUAAUUGUAGUUAACGCUAGUAAGAGUCGUUUUGAGGACGAAUGAGAGUGAACGAUGCAGAGAAGCUGAAUUGGAAAAUGUAUUGUCUCUAAAUUCUAAGAAUUAAGGGACAACAGACAGUAAGCAGAGCGUCACACUUGUUCUUGAUUUUUUUAUUUUAUUGCUAGUGAAUUUUAAAUACCAGCCCCUCCCGACACCAGCCCCCUGUCCGCAUGCCCCAGGAAAGGUAAAGAAUUUCUCUCCUUGGUUUUGCUAAAUUAUGUGGGACUUCUCAUCAUCGUGCAUGUGAGGAGAAAAAAAACACUUGCUAGAAAUGACCUUUUUUUAGUGUUUUUUCAGUUUUAAAAUUCAACCUAUAAACUUGUUUUGGGGGUAAUAGUAAUACAUUUGGGUGGACAUUAGUUGCAGCUACAAUUAAAAUUCUCCUUUUCAAUGUAGUAGGUAUAAGUUAUCAACGAAUCUUUUUAUCUUAUAGUGCCCUAUCGCAAAACAAACAAGACAAUGGAAAUGUCUUAUUUGUAUUCCAGAAUCUCAUGAUCGUGUCUCGUUUUUGCUAUUAGAUAUUUUACGAGAUUUUGUGGCGUUUUGUAAAAAGUAGUACGUUGAUACCUAAAUCACCGGUUUGAUGUUUUCCUGUUAGAACGACUAAAACAAAAUUGAAUUGAAAUGGGUGGAAAGGAAACUUUUGUCAAUUUAUUAAGAAAAAUGUUGUAGCCGUAAGUCAUAAGAAAAAAAGGAGCAAGUUAUUAUUUUCAGUGGUUGCCUAAUGGUUUUGCAGGCCGAGACUAACACGAGAAAAAGAUAACGUUAUCUACCUGAAUUUACACUACCUUGCGAUAAACAAUAAAAGUGAAACGGGGCAUUGGUCGCGUCACUUUAGUUAAAUCUAUCAAAGGGAACUAAAGUAAUUACCACAGCUUCGUAACCAGGUAAAUCUUUGCGUUUGUAUGAAUUUGAUGCAUAGCAAUUUAGGUAAACUUUUGUUUCUAUGAAUCUAAUAAGAACAUGAGUUUUUUUUCAAUUGUUUCAGUUUGGCAUAUUUUCAAUGGCGUUGUAAUUGAUACAUAAAUAACAAACAAGUUUCUAAACAAUUGAAGAUUUUAAAGAUUCAACAACAACUUGCUUGAUUAUUUUUGCUAUAUCAACUGCCACCAUCUUGUCACUAUUUAUCCGGUUGAAGACGAGCUUGUUUAGGGGAGAGGGUAAAGUAAAGUAAAGUAGUCUAAAGCAAAACAGGACCACGGCUGAUGGUGGCAGGGACUGCCCCACAGUCCUGCGUGUUGGGCAGUUGGGACCUCCUCUUCAACAUUAACAGCCGUUAUCCUCUUUGUAAAGUAGGGAGAUGGGGGAGGAGGUUCGUAAUUACAAUACGAAGUGACAUUUUUUAAAUUUCGUUUUUCUCUUUAGUAUCUACCAGUUCUGAAAAGAUGACAGAUGCUGAACAACCGGAACCAGCGGAGGAUUUUAUCUUUAAGGGGAAAAGAUUGGAUUGCAAAAAAAAGAUUUUCGGUGUAGGUUUUUUCUUGUUUGACGGGUAUUGGAAGGAAAAUGAAAAUGCAGGUGCUGAAAAAGAACGCGUGAAAUUGAAGGCCCCUAAUCUAAAAAAAGAAGUUGCGAUAAGAAGAAUAAAAAAUGAAGACUGCCUUGAUGGGUGGAAAGAUGUGGCCGAUAAGCUCGUCAAGGGCAACCUGAAUCACAAUAAUAUCCUACGAGUUUUCGGUUAUGAGGAAGACGUGGCCAAUGGAUGGAGGUAUUUUGCUCUGGAACCGUACAGUGCCACGUUUUACGAAUAUUGCAAUGGCCGGUACAAUGGACCGAUGCCAAACGAAUCGCAAGUUCUUUAUCAAAUUACCAACGGCGUCAGCUAUCUGCAUGGCAAAGGAAUCGUACAUGGCGAUUUAAAUCCGUUAAACGUCGUCAUUGCUGCCCAGUCCCUUCCUGUGCGCAUGAAAAUUUCAGAUUUUGGAUUGAGCAAAUUCAGUUACAGCAAACAGCUGUCGCAGAAGAUGAAAGAAGGAGAAAAACCUUUUGAGAUGGAACUCUGUCUGAGAAAGUAUUGGACACUGUCAGAGGAAACUGACUCCCUGGAAGGCAUCAAAAACGCCACCGAAGAUGUCAUUGCAGCUGGAUGCAUUUUGUUUUAUUAUCUAAAGCGUGGUCGACAUCUUUUUGGUGAUGACUUUGAGUCAAUCUUGAUAAACCUCAAGAAAAACAAUCCAGUCAAUUUAGAAAGAUUGGAUGAAAAUUAUUUUGGUGACUAUCACUUUGCGUACGAGCCCAUCAAAAAUAUGAUAAAUCCCCCAGGAAAAGGAUUCAAUUGGUUGCACAUAGCCAAAAAGGAAUUCAAAAAAGCCCUUUCACUCCAAGUCAACACUGGCAAACAACUUGGCAAAGGUUCUUUUGGACAAGUGUUCGAAGGGAAAUUUAACGGCGAUCCCGUUGCAGUCAAACAAAUGACGACGACCACAGCUGAAAAAGAAAUUAUUCAAAGAGAAAUGAAUACGCACAUAGAAUUGAAUCACUUAAACGUAGUGAAACUCUUGGACGUCGCUGAUUCGGCCGACAAUAGAUUCACGCAUCUGGUUUUGGAAUUGUGUGGCGGGACAUUGACGGAUUAUUGCGAAAAGAAAUACAGCGGACCGGAAUUGCCACCAGACGAAUUGGUCCUUUAUCAAAUCGCCAAUGGAUUGCAUUACAUCCACUCGAGAAAUUUGGUGCAUCGCGAUAUUAAACCGGAAAACAUCCUCAUUUCAAUGACGUCGCCCGUUCAAAUGAAAGUCUCUGAUUUGUCGUUUGUUAAGAAAACUCGGGAAGAUAUUUUUUCGCAGAGCGAAAUUAGAGGAACUCUGUUAUGGUUGGCACCUGAAAGACUUAAGGUUUUAAGUGACCCUGAAAACUUGCCAGUCAAUCUGCCAGAUGGAACAAUCAAAAGUGACACGUUUUCAUCCGGAUGUGUAUUUUUCUAUUUCCUGACGCGUGGCAAACAUCCGUUUGGGAAAUAUCAAGCCAUUGUUCCAGCCAAUAUUUCGCUAAACAAACCUGAGGAACUCGUCAGCUACAAGCAAAAUUUGGCGGCAGACGACGUAAACGGAAGAAUCCUUGUUCGUUUGAUUGAGGAUAUGAUUCAAUUUGAAGAAAAAGAAAGAAUCGGAUUGCCUGAGGUUAUAAAACAACUAGCCGCUGUAUUGUACGGGAUGGACAAAAGCAAAUGUCAAUUGAGGCUCGUUGAUGUGUCGUUAGGUGGGAAGUACAGCAUCAGUUCCCACCCCACUGAACUGAUUCUUGCAUGUGCCAAUGAGGAAAAGUUAAUAUUUUACACUGCCGAAAAUUUGGCUAUUCCGUUUUCCAAUUGGAGAAAGAAGAAAGAAAUCCCAUUUCAACCUCUAAAGUUUGAGUGUUAUUGUACGCUUGAGUGGAAUAUUAACGGGACACAACUAGCUGCUGGAUUUAUUGACAAAACUCUCGUCGUAUGGAGUUACCCAGAGUGCGAAAUCCUCUUUCAAAAGGAAUUUUCGGCUUGGAUCGAUAGAGUAAAUUGGAAUCCAACCAGGCCCAACUUAUUUGCUGUUUGUCAAAUGGACAAAAAUCAUGUUUUCGUAUGUGAUUCAUCCAUUGGCGACGUGAUCACCACAAUUAAAUGUAAACGCGUUUCGGCUGUGAAGUGGAUCUCUGAAAAUCGAAUCGCCGUCUCUUCUUUUUAUGAAAUGAUCAAAAUUUUUGAAAUGGAGGAAAACAAUUUGACAACAACUCGACUCGUGAAAGAAUUCAGACAUGGAAUGAGUUGUCGUCAUCUGGAGUGGAAUGAAAGGACCCAAUAUUUGGCCAGUGGUAAUAAGAAGCGGAUCAAUGAAUCAAUGAUCAAUAUUUGGUCUAUGGACCACGACAAGCCAAUUUAUAACUUGGAGGAGGAGGAGGAGGAGGAGGAGGAUGGGGUUAAAAAAUUUGCUUGGCGCUUGUGCACAGGAAAUGGGGAAGAAAAGGGCGGAAUCGAAAUGGCAAGGAAAUCAGCCAUAAACUUCACUUUUGCUUAUGCAUCGCUACAAAACGGCGUUUUUAUUUGGAAUCCUCUGGAAAGCGAACAACAGCCGCGACGUCUUUCCCAUGAGAAAUACAUAGAAACGGUCGCCUUUUCAUCGGACGGUCGAUUUCUUGCAGCCGUAAGCCUUGAGACAUUAAUGAUUUGGUCAGCGGAGGACUGGGUACAAAUAUACAAAGUCAACAUGGAUAUAAAAAAGAGGGCAAGGAAUGUAUCAUUUUUCACCACAAAAUCUACAAACCUUUACGAGAAUAAACUUUUAGUCAAUUAUUAUUAUGAGGGCAUCCGCUUAUUUGAAUUCGCGUUCAAAGAAAGUAACAUUUCUGAUUCGAGCAGUGAAAUAUCAACAGAAUCCGAUGACGAGGACGACGAUGAAGACGUGGACGCCGAUAGGGAAGAAGUUAGUCCUCCAAAACGCCUAAAGGGGUCAUUUCCCUAAAUCGAAACUAGUGAAAAACAGGAUGUCCUGCAAAAGACAACCAUUUAAUAUUUUCGAAAUAAAACAUGCUUCAAUGAUAUUGUUAUCCAAAUGUACUGGGGUACUUCA